AUGGACACUUCGAAUCCACCUCCAAACCUGAAGAAUGCUGACAACGCUGCUCCAGGAGCAAGAGGCCCCAAAGAUCGCCAUUUUGCCGCUGCUUUCUCGGGUUGGUCUGCUCAGCAAUUGGACGACGCCGUCAAGACUUUGGUCGACCAAUCAGAUGGCUAUCUGGACGACUACCACCACUACCUUCUUCGUGGUGCCUACCUUGCCCAGUCGAAGAAAGCGUUCGAUCGACCAAGAGAAGAUGGUCUGGCCCUGAAAGAACGUGAACAGCAAUAUCUCAAACUCGAACGAAGUGACCGUCGAAUCGACAAGUUCAACCAGCCCUGGCGAUUGUAUUUCCUCAUCAUAUGCUGCAGUCUGGGCGCCGCUGUGCAAGGAUGGGAUGAAUCUGCGGUCAAUGGGGCACAAAUCUUCUAUCAGCCUGCUUUCGGAAUCGAUGGCAGUAUAGGUCUCAAGGGCCUUAUCAACAGUGCUCCUUACCUCUGCUGUACCCUCUCUUGUUGGCUGAACUACCCCAUGAACAAGCUUCUUGGCCGCCGAGGUACCAUCUUCUGGACAUGUCUUAUUUCCUCAAUCACCUGUCUGGGGCAAGCUUUUCCCCAGACAUGGCAACAGCUCUUUGUAGCUCGACUUUUGCUUGGUUUUGGUAUCGGGCCAAAGAGUGCUACUAUUCCCAUCUUUGCUGCUGAGUGUGCUCCAUCAAACAUAAGAGGAGCGUUGGUGAUGAUGUGGCAGAUGUGGACUGCUUUCGGCAUCAUGUGCGGCUACAUUGCUGGUGUUGUCCUUUACAACGUUGGUUCUGGAGCCUCAGCCCAAUGCAGGUCUCCCGAUGCUGACAAGACUAUUCUUGCCUCCGCUCACUGUCCUAAACUGGAGGCUUAUGCUUGCCAGUCCGUCGUGGUCAUGUAUAUUUACGUCCUGCCAGAGUCCCCUCGAUGGCUCCUCCUAAAGGCAAGAGAGGGCAAGGAUAAACGCAGAUACGAAGAGGCCUUCCUGGCUCUUCAAAGACUCCGCCACACCAAACUCCAAGCCGCCCGUGACCUGUUCCUGAUCAACCACCUGCUGGGAGAGGAGGAGAAGAUUAUGAAGUAUGACAAACCAUUCCUGGAGCUCUUCACAAAUGGUAGGAACCGGAGAGCGCUGACGGCGUCUGUCAUAUGUAUGUUCAUGCAACAGUUCUGCGGCAUCAACGUACUCAUAUACUAUUCCAGCGAUAUUCUCGUACAUAAUGCUCACUUCAAGGAACGGCAGGCCCUUUUGACGAGUCUUGGCUUCGGAAUCCUCAAUUUCGUCUUUGCAUUGCCAGCUGUCUGGACGAUUGACUCGUUUGGUCGCCGCAAUCUUCUACUGUCCACCUUUCCUUUUAUGGCUCUGUCCAUGCUGCUUGUCGCCAUAUCCUUCCAAUUGGGCCCUGCUACGCCAAUCGUCGGCCAAGUUGGCGUUACAUCGGCGUCCUCGUCAACGGACACGCAAGCAUCCCGUGGCCAAGUAGCUCUGCUAUUCGUCGGCAUGUAUCUCUUUACCAUCUUCUAUUCUCCCGGCGAAGGGCCUGUCCCGUUCACGUACUCGGCAGAGUCAAUGCCUCUUUACAACAGAGACUUUGGUAUGGGAGUCACUACUUCGAUCAAUUGGUUCUUCAAUUUCUUCUUGGCCAUUACCUGGCCACCCUUCCUGAAAGCCUUCACGCCCACUGGUGCGUUCUGCUGGUACGCCGCCUGGAACGUAGUCGGUUGGUUCUUGAUCGUGUUUCUCGUUCCCGAGACAAAGGAUCUGAGUCUCGAGCAACUCGACCACGUCUUCAGCAUACGCACACGUGAGCACGUUGCGCACGGCGCCGAGCAGAUCAGUUGGUUCAUCAGGACAUACUUUGGCCGCCAGAAGGGGCUACGGCAGCCCGUGCUAUUGACAGUCGACGAGAACGAGCCGCGCUUUGUUAGCCCGGAGCGGCGACGGCAUUUCAGCGAAAGCUACCCAAUGUAUGACUGGGAGGAUGAUGCCAGGCCGAGUGCGGAGGCGUCUGGGCGCGACUCGAACAAUCUUGGAAGGGCGAGCACACGAGACUCGCGAUUUGAGAGAAUGGGGAGUCGAGACUACUGA